GCGAGAGAGAUCGAGAGAGAGAGAGAGAGAGAUGGGGAGCUCUGCCUCUGAGACCGAGUCCCCUGUUUCGAUCCGAGACCCUAACCCGAGAUUGGAGAGGAGGAGCAGGAAAGGGAAGAAAAUGAAGGAGAAGAAGAGGGAGGAGGAGGGGGGAUGGAGUGGGAGGCGGAUUGGCCGAGGAAGAGCCGGGGCGGCGGCGGCGGCGGGGUGAUGCUGGAGGGCUACGUCGAGGCGGCAGAGGGAGUCGACCAGGGGUCGGGCGGGGGCGAUGGGGUGGUGGGGAGAACGAAAAGCCUGACGGACGAGGACCUGGAGGAGUUGAAGGGGUGCUUGGAUUUGGGGUUCGGGUUCAGUUACGAGGAGAUCCCCGAGCUCUGCAACACUCUCCCGGCUCUCGAGCUCUGCUACUCGAUGAGCCAGAGGUUCUUGGACGGGCAGCAGCAGCAAAGCCGGGCGCCGGAGGCGGCGGGGGAUGCGGCGGCAGAGCUGGGUGCUGCUGCGGCGUCCUCUGCUCCCGUGGCCAAUUGGAAGAUCUCCGGCCCUGGGGACCAUCCUGAAGAAGUUAAAGCAAGGCUGAAAUAUUGGGCCCAAGCAGUGGCAUGCACUGUUAGAUUAUGCAACUGAUGGAACACUCUUGAUUUAAUUUGUGAUAUGAAGAAACACAAUUUCAUGACGAUCAACAUUAGGCAAUCUUUUCGUCGAGAGAAUUCCCUUCUGAUACCUUGCUGCUCUAUGCCCUUUGGGAUUCUCUGCAACUCUCUCUUUGAUGACAGGCUUGCUGGGAUCUGAUUCAAGACGAGAAGAGAUGGAGGAAAGAGGAGGAAGAAGUCAAUUUGAAGUCUAUGAUUUUCAACUGAUAACACCAUGUACCUCAUCACAUUUGCUAUGCAUGAACCUGAUUGCAUUGUUUCAUGUAUAUACCAAUAAUUUAACUUCAAUAAACGCAAUUUUCUUCUUCA